AUGUCAACCGUGGUAGUCAAACUCGGUGGCGCCGCCAUCACAGACAAAGCGGCGCCAGACACGCUCUCUCACAACAUCGAUAGUCUAAUAGACAGCGUCGCGCAUGCGUACCAUCAUAUUCUACGCCCAAGCGGUCGACAUCUGAUUCUGAUCCACGGCGCUGGUAGUUUCGGACACCCACCUGCGAAAAAGUAUCAGGUCAAGGCAGGAUGGACGGCCCGGCUGGACAUGGCUGGUGGCGGCGGCAGCGGCAGCGGCGAUGGAGGUGGUGAUGACGAACAGGCCCGCGAUAAUGUCAAGUUUGGCAUGGCGCUGACGAGGCAGCGCGUGCUGCAGCUGCACCUCGACGUGCUGCAGCGUCUGCACGUGCGGGACCGCAUGCCCAUCCUGUCCGUGUCCACCUACGACACGGUCGACACGGACAAUGGCGCCGUCACGGGCGCCUCCAGCGCGCGGCUCGUAGCGCGCGUGCAGCAGGUCCUCGCUGCCGGCUUCGUCCCACUACUGUUUGGCGACGCCGUGUUUGACCGUACGCUGGGGUCCACGAUUCUCUCUGGCGACGCGCUCAUGUACUAUCUCGCCGAGCGACUGCCGGCUGUCGAGCGGUGCGUGUUUGUCACGGACGUGGCGGGCCUCUUUACGCUGGAUCCGAAGCGGUUCCCAGACGACGCCGUGCUCAUCAAGACAAUAUGUUGUAGCGAAGCAGGCAGCGCAGCAAUCGACAAGGAUGAUGAGACGGCGACGGCGGCGGCGGUGGCGAGUGUGGAUGAUGUCACGGGUGGGAUGCGGAACGUUUACUUGCUUUUCUACGCUAUGAGAAUAGAAAAGUGA